AGAGUGGAACGCGGCGCGCCCCGCGCGGAUACAGUGUAGCCAGCGCCGGGCAGCGCCUUAAAGGGGCCGCCGCAGCCGGACGGGCCGCCGCGGACUGAGCCGGGAGGCGCCCCCCAGCCAUGCGGGGCGGCGAAUGGAGCCGGCGGAGCUCGACGUGCUGGGGCUGCGGGAGCAGCUGUUCCACGAGCGGGUGCGGGAGUGCCUGAUCUGCACGCUGCUCUUCGCCAGCCUCUAUAUCCUGAGCCACUUCGUCAUAACCCGCUUCAAGAAACACACGGACUUCGCCACAGUUGAGGAUGACGAGGAUGCCGCUGUCGACAGAAUUGCGCUGUCGCUGUGUACCUUCACGCUGGCCGUCUCGCUGGGCGCCCUGCUGCUGGUGCCCUUCUCCAUCCUCGCCAACGAGGUUCUGCUGCUCUUCCCGCACAACGACUACAUCCAGUGGCUGAACGGCUCGCUGAUCCACGGCCUCUGGAACCUGGUCUUCCUCUUCUCCAACCUCUCCCUGGUCUUCCUCAUGCCCUUCGCGUAUUUCUUCACUGAGGCCGAGGGCUUCGCGGGAUCCAAGAAGGGCAUCCUGGCCCGAGUCUACGAGACCUUCGUGGAGCUGCUGCUGCUGACCCUGCUGGUGCUGGGAAUGGUCUGGGUGGCGUCAGCCAUUGUGGACGAGGACACGGGCAGCCAGGAAUCCCUCUACGACCUGUGGGAAUACUACCUACCCUACCUCUACUCCUGCAUCUCACUCUUUGGGGGGCUGCUGCUGCUGUUGUGCACGCCUGUCGGCCUCUCCCGCAUGUUCACCGUCACCGGGAAGCUGCUGGUCAAGCCCAGGCUGCUGGAGGAUCUGGACGAGCAGCUGAACUGCACAAGGUUCGAGGAAGCCGCCCUCUCCCGCAAGAUCUCUGCCAGUCCCACCUCCUGCUGGCUGAACUUGAGCGCGGCCAUGCUCCAGGAGCAGUUCCUGGCCAUCCAGAGCCGGAGACUGGCGCUGGAGCUGCGGCGCUGUGUCUCGCCCUGGCAGCGGAAUCUGGGCUACCCCCUGGCCAUGCUGUGCCUCCUGGCGCUGACGGCCAUCUCUGUGCUCGUCGUCUGUUUUCACACGCUGGAGCUGCUGCUGGAUGAUGCCGCGAUGCCGCGGGGGAUUCAGGACGCACCCCUGGGGCAGGUCUCCUUCUCCAUCUUUGGGUCCUUUGGCGCCGCCCUGCAGGUGGUUCUCAUCUUCUAUCUGAUGGUCUCCUCCGUUGUGGGCUUCUACAGCUCCCCCCUGUUCAUGAGGCUGCUCCCCGUGAGGCAGGAUACCCCCAUGACCAAGAUCAUUGGGAACUGUGUGUCCCUGCUGGUCCUCAGCUCCGCGCUGCCCGUCUUCUCCAGAACGCUGGGAAUCACGCGGUUUGACCUCCUGGGCGACUUUGGCAGGUUUAACUGGCUGGGGAAUUUCUACAUUGUUUUCCUCUACAACAUGCUCUUCGCUGCCCUCACCACACUAUGCCUGGUGAAGAAGUUUACGUGGGCCGUGCGGGCCGAGCUCAUCCGAGCCUUCGGUUUGCACAAGCUGCCCCUGCCCGUGACGCGCACCCGCCAGCCCAGCAAGCUCUGCUAGGACGAGUCUGGCCCCAGCCAACGACUGGGAAAUGGGGGCUGCUGCGGCCCCUCCAGGCCGUGGGGCGGGGGGCAGCCCCCGCCCUGACUCGAUGGAUUUAUGUGUCUCCUGCAUUCUGAGCCGAAGGGGCGGGGCCUGGCUGACUCCGCCCUCGUCUGCUUCCGCCCAAUGGUCUGCUGGCGAGAAGGGGCCGGUAUCCUCCUGUGGUGCGGAUGCUGGGAUGGGGCGGAUCGAGGCCCCCCCGCCUCCCCUCCAUUCGAUCCCCAGCGGGGGAGACAGGAGAACUCUCUGCUGGGACUGCUGCUGAGCCGUUCCCCUCCCCCCCCUUCAGUCCUCCCCCCACUGCUGCAGCCUCCUGGGGGGGGAAGGCAGCUCCAGGCACCCUGCAGGAAGAUGUCCGGGACUAUAAUGGGAGCUGUUGGCCAGCAGGGGGCGCUGUGGGGGGCAGGGCACUGGCUGUGGGGGCAGCUCCCUGCAAGUCCAGUCCCAGCCUCUCCCAGCAGGGGCCGCUGCGGGGAGCGGGGGCUUUAGAAGCUGCCUCACUAGAGUUGUUGCCCCGAGCCCCCCAGGGCCCAGCCCUGCCCCGUGCAGACCCCCCGGCGCCACGGUUACAUACCUCACUCAAGCACACUAGGCGGCCAUGGGCCGCGCAUUCGUCUGCUUCGCUGGCUGCGUUUUCUGUGUGGGCAUUUUUUAUUUUUAUUUUUUUUUGAACAGCUGCUGCCCUGAUGUUUUAUGGGUGAAAGACCCCCCCCCCCGCUCUGAGACCCUCCCCACUCCCCUCACCCAGUGAGCUCAGCCCCUCCCUGCUCUGUCUGCCUGCCCCCCUUAGCCCCAGGCUGCUCCUGUCUCUCUGACACUAAGUGACUUAGGACAGCCUUCAACUGAGCAGGGCUCCCAGGUGGGGCAGGGACCCAGGGAGGUGUCAGUGGGGGUGUGUGUGUGUGUGGGGGGGGGGGGGGGGGUUUGUCAUUCAAACACCUGGGGGUUUCUGUUUCUCACCCUGGGUUGUAGGGGGAGGAGCUCUGGCUACAGACACCCCUUAGCCAGCACCUGGUGCCUGAUCCUGCCUCUGAGGGGGAGGAGUUGGGGGGGGGGGGGGAGAAUGUAUUUGUGUGUGCGGGGGGAGGCUGUAAAUGUCAAUCCCCCCCCCCCGGGGAUUAGCAUUGGGGUGGGGGGACAAAGCUGAAAGGGGUGUGGGCCAGGAUCUCCAGUCCUUCCUGCUGUGUUCCUGCCCUGAAGCAUGGGAGCCUAGGGCAAGCUUUGCUUUGUCUAAUGAGUGUGUCAGGUCUCUGCGCUGUCAGCUGAUAGUGACAGUGCGGAUCAGCUGUCAACUGCUGUGUGUUUUUUAUUUAAAUAAUAAAAAGUGUCUUUUAAUACAUGG